AAAAUAUGUAUCAUAAUGUUGUUUUUAUCUGAUACUCCAUAUUUAUUAAUUUAUAUUACAAAUGAGGAAAAUCUUAAAUUAUUAUGAACAUUAACUAAAUAAUUACUUGUUGACAAAAAAAAACUAAAUAAUUACUUAUGAUGGUAUAGUAAGAUUAUUACAAAGAGGUAAAAGCAAAAGAAAAAAUAAGCUUGAGGAGCAAAUAUGAAAUAAAAUAAAACACAGAGCAAGCAGGAAGAACAAAGCCACUCAAGAUAAGAAAGCUGAGACUUUCUUGCACCGUAUAAAUACCAAGCAACUUGAAAAAGUUCAUUCAUCAUUGUUAUCGUCUCCCGUCUUUCUCUCUCUCUCUACUCUCUUUUUUUUUUUUUUUUUUUGGUCAAUCUCUCUCUCUACUCUCUAUAGGGAGAAAGAGAACACAUAAUUAAAAAAAAAAUAUCUUCAAAGAAUGGGGAAAUACGCGGAGCUGUUGGAUGCAGGCGUGAGAAUAGCCGCUAGGUUUCACUCUCACUGUCCUCAAACGGCGCGUCUCUAUUACCAUCCUCCUUCCGACAGCCACCACCAUCACGGCGUCACCGACUUAAUCGGAGGUGGAGUUUUCAGUGGGUCGGGUCAAGAUUCGACCGGGUUGGUAGGUGGGUUAGGAACCGGAACUGCUGCUAGCUGCGGUCUCAAGUCUUCUCAAGGGUAUGAAGACGCUAGAGAUCUCUUGUUAUUCUCUUUUGUCUGAUUUAUUUCUCCAAAAAAUGAAAAAGAAAAAUAAUUAUUAUAACUUUUUGAUGAGCCAAGUUUUGAUUUUUUAUUUUAUUUUUCUGUUUGCUUUAUUGAUUGAGACAGCUGUUCUUAUGAGGUUACGUGAUACAUUUUGUUUCUUGCAUGUUCUGUAAUGGUACAUGUCUUGUUUUGUAUUAAAACUAAACGAUAGAAGAAGACUCAUGGAUUCAACUGUGUUGUUUACAACCAGAUGAGUAAAGAUCCACGUCUUUGUUUCGUG